AUGAAUAUAAAAAAGUUGAUAGAGCAACGAGCUAAAAGUAAGAUAACAAAAGAAAAAGCACAACUGACAUUAAUGAUAGCAGCAAUUUACUCUGAACAAGGUGAUCAUGAGUCCGCGUUAAUUGAAUACAAAAAAUAUCUUGAAAUAUGGGAAGCCAAAGAAGAUAAUCUUCAACGUGCAAUAGCCAAUAGAUACUUGGCAGAGUGUUAUAUUGAAGUGUGUGAUUUUACGCAAGCAAUUGUUCACACUAAUCGAUAUCUUCAAUUAUCUCUGCUAGUUGACAAUAAAAUGGAACAACAAAGAGCCUAUGUAACACUUGGAAGAUGUUUCUUAAAUCGUGUUGAAACUUUAAAGGAUGGUCCUUUAGUCGUUAAAAGUCUUAAAUCUGCUAGUCAAGCCUUAUUGAAUAGUAUAAAAUUAAUUAAAGAUUUAUCGUCUAACUUGGACGCUAAAGGUUCAGCUGAAAUGCGUGCAGUGUCAUUACUUAAUCUUGGUCAUGUCCAGCGUGCACAACACAAUCACACUACAGCCUUAGAGAGUUUUAUUCAAUGUAUUACCUUAGCGAAAAAGUAUACUUUACAAAAGAUUCUUUUUCGUGCUUCUUAUCAAGCUGGUGAAAUGUUAAUGAAUAAAGCUUCAAUAUUCAAUUUUAAUCUAUGUGAACGAUAUGAAUUUUUAAAAUUAAUAAAAAAUAGUGAAAUAGAGAAAGCAUUAGAAAUUAUUCGGACUAGUUUAUCCUUACCAUUGACUAAACCAUAUGUGGAUAAUGAAGCGAAAUUGUUGUGUAUAAAUUUGAAAGAGUUAUUUGCUCAGGUAUACCUAUGUAACGGGAAUAGUCGUAAAGCAAUUAAGAUAUUUCGUCUAUUGAAGAUUGAAACGCCUAGUUCAUCAGAACAAUAUACAAAAAUGAUGAAAAAAAGUUUUCGACUCAUGAAUUUAUUGAAUGAAAUUCCAAAUGAAUCUCUGUCUAGCACAAAGGAUUUUAUUACAUCAUCUCGUAUUCAUGAAAAAUUAGGUGAUCUUUAUGCUGGAAUCGAUUUACAAGGUUGUGCUCUCAGACAUUAUCUAUUCAUGCUUGGGUUUUCUGAGCUUGCCUAUCAACAUUGUUCUGAAACAGAAAGUGUUACAGAUGACAUUGUCAAGCUAGUCGACGCUGCUCUAAUAUCUGUAGCUGAAACAUAUCGUACACUCGGCUAUUAUGAUAAAUGUGUAGAAAUGUAUAAACGUGAAAUUCUCUGGGCUACAACUUCUGGCUUAUCUACAAGUGAUAUGGCUACAAGUUGGCUGAGUUUAGCACAAGCUCAACGUUUAAUGACGAGUGCUAGUGGUUCAACAAUUCAGGAUACUGGAAAUUUUCAAGUUGGCCAGAAGAUUACUUUGAAUGGAUCAGAAACUGUUGUGGAUUCAUUGUUGUCUGCUCACAAAACUGCUAAACUGGUCGGUUCCACAUCGCUAAUUUUGGAUUGUCUACGAGAAUUACUGGAUUACUAUGAACAGUAUAAUUAUAAAGAUCAGGCCCAGAAAGUACGUGAAGAAUUAAAAGAAAUUGAAAAGACUGCUGGUUCUCGAUUUGAUGGAGAAGAAAAUGCAAAAGAUGCCGUCGACGACGAUGAGGAGAAAGUAGAUGACGAGGAGGCGGAUAAUGAUAAGAAUACUCCAAGUGAAGACGAUGAUCAUAUUGUGACUCAGUUUUUGGAAUCUCUUUCCUCAGACUCAGAACUUGAACAAUGCAUUGGAAAUGUGGAACUUAUGGAUGAGUUUCAAGAUGGUAUGCGAGGUAAAAAGUCUGGAAAAGCUCUUUGUUUGAAGACUAAUAUGAAAGGUGAAACACCAUUACAUGUGGCUGCAAUCAAUGGAGAUAUGGAUCAUGUAGUAAAGUUGAUUGAAGUUUUGGGUCAUCCAAUUAAUGUACCCGAUGGUGCCGGUUGGUUACCGAUUCACGAGGCGGCAUUUCAUGAUAGAUCAGAAAUUGCUACUUAUUUACUCGAUCAUGGUGCCAGUCUAGAUGAUCCCGGGUAUCCAGAUGAUUUUUCUACACCACUUUUUGAAGCUAUUCAUAGUGGUGGAUUGACGACAGCGUUGAUUUUUGUUAGACGGGGUGCAAAUCUAUGGCAUAAGAAUAAACAAGGAGAAUAUUUACCGAAUAUAUUAGAUCAAUGGGAGCCAACACCGGCUAUUAAAACUCGCCUAGGUGAUGAUUACGAUCGUUGGUGCAAUCUGAAACGUGAAAUUCCGGAGGACCAUUCGUCUCCUGAACAAUCUGACUCAUCAGUGAUGGUAGCUGUAAAGAAGAAUUCUUCAAAAUCUCAUUCACAUCAUCGUAGACGAAUGUAUCGUUCACCGUCCCUACAUGAUAUUAGUGAAAUGGAGUCCACACAAACGUUAUCUAAAUCAAAUCUUGGAAGAAAAUCUCUGCGUAGCCGAAAUUGGAAUGAUUUACUUGUUGAUUUAGAUGAUGAUGAAGAUGAAGUUCCUUCACAACGUUUAUCAUCUCCGGUUAAAUCAAGGAAGUCUACUAAUGCAGUAGAAUCAUACAGAGAAGCUAUGAAAGCUAUUGGCAGUUCAAAAACACGUUCUACAGGCAAGCGUCAGUCAUUUUGUGAGAUAAAAACUUCGGAAAAUGUAAAACGUCAGAAAAAAUCAAGUAUCAUUGAUGCUGAUGAUGAUGGUUGGUUAGUGGUAGACGAGAGACCAACAGGAUCACGAUCUGUACCGAGCACAACCGUUAAAGAACAUUUUGAAACGUUAAAUAUGAAAUGUGGAAAAUCUAAAUCUGUCAUACCUGAGAAAAAUAAGCUCCAUCCAGAAAUCAUUGACUUCUCACCUCAUCUUGCUUUCACUUCUACUCAAAAUGAUAAAUCAUCAAUACCAUCACAACCACCACCGCCAAUGGGUAAUAAUCGUGUCCAUCUGCCGAAAUCCACGUCUACUCCAGUUAAGACCAGUAAAGAAUUCAAUCAGUCGUUUAAUCAGUUAUCAUUUAUCAACCCUGAGGUGUAUUCCAAGGAGGAGAAGCCUUUAUCAUCUACUGACAGGAUGACUUCAGUCAGUAGAAAUAAUCCUUUGCCAACUACAACUGGUGAUCAGAUCAAGUCUUCUAAAAUUCCAAUAAAUGAAUGUUCAGGAUCGUCAAAUUCAAUAAAAGUGGCUUUUCCUGAUAUAUCUAUAUUGGUUCCCGUCGAUUCGCUAUCUCGAAGUGUUUCAUGGUUAGCAACGGAAGCAUACCGUCGAAGACAAAUUCUAAUGGGAUUUAAUUCAACUAUGCCGUCUGUCGAUUGUAGUGAAUUGGUUCGUCUGAGUACUAGAGAUCGAGCCUUACUCCUUCCAUCGGAUCGUUUGUAUUCAGUAAUUCCAGUUCUUAGUCAAACUGGGUUAAUUGUUGAACUUCUAGCUGAGUUGACCGAAUCUGCUAGUAAAUAUCUACCGUUGGCAAGUCAAUCAGCAAAUCAACAGUUUCAUACAUGUCAUCCGCCUAUUGUUCACUCGUCACAGUUGAAUUAUGAAUCAUCACAUGAAGUGUUAUCAUCUUUUUGUCGUACAAUUAUUGACAAAGCACGAAAUACCGGUGUUGUUGACCUAUCAGAUCUUGGUAUCGAAGAUAUGGAGUGUUGUAAAUUCUUAGGUCAUAUUGUUCGUAGUGGCGCAAGAGUUAUAACGGAGAUUCAACUUCAAGGCAAUUCAUUGACUACUAAUCUAGUGGAUAUUGAAAAUCUUACAACUGGUUAUUUAAAUUUAGCGGAUUAUUUAAAUCAAAUCUCAUCACAAAUAAUUAAAUUAAAUCUAAGCAUGAAUUUAUUCAAUGAACAAUUUGUUAGUCGAUUAUUAUCUGCUUUAUCAAAACAAUUGAAAGAAAACGAAAGCUCCUGCAUACUUAUGCCUCGACUUCAAUAUCUAAGUCUGAGUUAUAAUCCACUUCUUGGGCGUAAUAUACAACAGUUGGAUACCGGUGUUACCAAUACAUUUGGCAAUGAAUUGAUAAACAAUUCUCCUAAUUGUUGGACAGUAUUUAUUGAGGAUAUUUUAAAGGCUUUUCCUAAAUUGACUUACUUCAGUCUGGCUGGAUGUUCAUUAGGUUGUAUUACUCCAGACAGUUACGAUGUUCAAAGUCGAAGACACUCCAUUUCUCGUAAUAUGUUUACAGAUUCAUUUGUAUCCUGUUUAUCAGAAUUGGAUUUAAGCUGGAAUCCUCAUAUCUCUCCUACCCAACUAGUGGAUUUAUUCUCAAUGGGUUCUUUGAAAGCAUUACGAUGUUUACGUUUAAGAGGAUGUUCUACGUCGUUCUCUUCAAAAUCUGAUUUAUCUACUAUUCAGUGUCCAACUAAUCUUCCCCUUAGUUCAUUUGAAUUAUCAUCUGUUGACUGGUUACCUAAGUCUUCAUCAAAAGAAUUAAUGAAACAAAUUGAGAAAUUCGAUAGCUUAGAUAAACCAUCACUAGGCGAUCAAUUGUUAAUUGCUCUUUGCUCUGUACUGAUUGGAGGGAAUAUUCGUCUACAAAUACUUGACAUGGGACAUUGUCAAUUGACGUAUCAUUGUCUGACAAGUUUAAAAAGUUUAUUCGGUACACCUGGAGCCUCAAUAACUACACUCAUAAUUGACCGUAAUCCAAUGUUGAGAAGCGUGAUGAUCUCAGAAACCCAUCCAUAUCCAUCAUGGAUUCGUGUACUUCAAGCCACGGCUCAAUCUGCUUCAGCACUAGUCAGUUUGACGAUAGAUUUACCACAGCUUCCAGAUAAUAAUUCUGAUGCUUUGACAGCAGCAUUCACUUCAGUUGAAUCAAAACUUCUACCGGCCUUAUCUCCAACUCCUUUGCAAGAAUUAGUUCUAGUUGACUAUGACAUCAUCCAUUGGACUCCUGAUAUAUAUCUCAACAACAACAAUAAUACUAACAAUAAUGUUCCGGUUGUCAGCAAUUCAAGUACACAUCGUUUCCUAACAAUGCUAUCCAAUUUAUUCACAGCACGGUUUGGCAAAAUGGUGAAAAUUAACAAUAAAAAUUGUCGUAUAACCUUUAGCAUUUUGUGA